UGAUGGACAGCAGUGGGGACGUGGAAUUCCGUCCAUCUGUAGCCGGUUCGCAUCGUACUCAAGGAUCUCACAAAAACUCAUUCGUUCACUUUAAAAUCCGUGUAUAUUCGUGAAUAAAUCUGUGCAUGAUCGGCGGAGUAACAAAAUAACAAGCAUGAAGCUAAAGGAAAUUAACCGAACAGCCAUUCAGGCCUGGAGUCCGGAGCAGCAGCACCCCAUAUAUCUGGCAGCAGGAACCUCAGCACAGCAGCUAGAUGCCACCUUCAGCACCAAUGCAUCACUGGAGAUCUUUGAAUUUGAUCUGACGGACCCCACUUUGGCCAUGAAGUCAUGUGGCUCUUUUUCGUCUCCACACAGAUACCAUAAACUGGUCUGGGGGCCACAUGGCAUUGAAACUGAGGGAAUGCCAUCAGGAGUUCUAAUUGCUGGAGGGGAGAAUGGAGACAUCAUUCUCUAUGAUGCCUCAAAAAUCAUUGCUGGUGAUAGUGAGGUUAUCAUUUCCCAGAGCGAGAAACACACAGGGCCAGUGAGAGCGCUCGAUGUCAACUCGUUUCAGACCAACCUUGUGGCCUCUGGAGGAAAUGAGUCAGAAAUAUACAUUUGGGAUUUGAACAGCUUCAGCUCCCCAAUGACUCCAGGACCCAAAACACAGCCCCCAGAGGACAUCAGCUGUAUUGCAUGGAACAAACAGGUUCAGCACAUCCUGGCCUCAGCCAGCCCCAGUGGAAAAGCCUCAGUCUGGGAUCUCAGAAAGAAUGACUUGAUUAUCAAAGUCAGUGAUCACAGCAACAGGAUGCAUUGCUCUGAUUUGGCCUGGAACCCAGAGGUGGCCACUCAGCUGGUUCUGGCCUCUGAGGACGACCGAAUGCCCGUCAUCCAAAUGUGGGAUCUGCGCUUUGCCACCUCUCCUCUGAAAGUGCUGGAGAACCACACAAGAGGUGUGCUCUCCAUAGCGUGGAGCGUAGCAGAUCCAGAGCUCCUCCUGAGCUGUGGGAAAGACAACAGGAUUCUUUGCUGGAAUCCCAACACGGCUGAGAUCCUGUAUGAGCUGCCCACAAGUGCUCAGUGGUGCUUUGACAUUCAGUGGUGCCCCAGAAACCCUGCUGUGCUGUCUGCUGCGGCCUUCGAUGGACACAUUAGCAUCUAUUCCAUUAUGGGAGGAAGCAAUGAUAAUGACAUAACUGCACAAGCUGAUCAGUUAAGUAGCUCAUUUGGAAAUAUCGAUCCUUUUGGCAUGGGGCAAACGCUGCCUCCGUUACAGCUGCCUCAGCCCACUACCAGCCAAAACACAGUCACACCUCUGAAGAAACCCCCUAAAUGGAUCCGAAGACCAAUGGGGGCAUCUUUUGCUUUUGGUGGAAAACUAGUCACUUCGGACAACAUCAACCCAACAUCGCAGCAAACCCAGCAAUCUGCCGGACGUAUUGUUCAUAUCUGUCAAGUCGUGACGGAGACAGAUUUCAUUAAGCGCUCAAACCAACUUCAGACCACCCUGACUUCAGGAAACUUUCUGCAGUACUGCCAGACAAAGAUUGAUGCUGCUCAGAAUAUAUUCGAUAAGACUGUGUGGUCUUUUCUAAAGGUUAAUUUUGAAGAUGGUGCACGAGGGAAAUAUCUUGAACUUUUGGGAUACAAGAAGGAGGAACUUGCCCUAAAGAUUGCAUCAGCAUUGGACGGACACUGCAAAUCUGAUGAAGCCAAUAUGCUUGAAAAGAACAGCUCUGCAGAGGAAAAUGCAGAACCCCCUGCAGAAGAAAUAUCUGUCUCAGAUGAGAUUCCUGUUGAUGAGGAAGAACGAGUUCUUGAGAAGACUUCUAUCAUUGAAGAUUCCACUUCACCCUCCAAAGAUGCCAUGAACCUCAAAGUUAGCAAGGAUAUUGAUGGACUGAUCACCCAAGCUCUGCUCAUUGGAGACUAUGAAGCUGCUGUAAGUCUUUGUCUACAUGACAACCGUAUGGCAGACAGCAUCAUUCUGGCUAUUGCUGGUGGUCCAGAGCUUCUGGUGAAGACUCAAAAGAAAUACUUCACCAAAACUCAGACCAAAAUUUCAAAGCUGAUUAGUGCAGUGGUGAUGAAAGACUGGUUGGACAUUCUGAAGACCUGUGAGCUUCAGAACUGGAAGGAAGCUUUAGCUGCAGUCGUGACCUACGCCAAACCAGAAGAGUUCUCAUCUCUCUGCAGUCUGCUUGGCUCCAGGCUGGAGGCCACUGAAGACACAGAACUGCAGGCUCAGGCUUGUCUCUGCUAUAUCUGCGCAGGCACAGUAGAGCAACUGAUAGCUUGCUGGGCCAAAGCUCAAGAAUCUAACAGCCCCUUAUCUCUUCAGGAGCUUGUUGAGAAGGUGGUGGUCCUGCAGAGAGCUGUUCAGAAGGCUCAGCGUGGUAUAGCACCUGAUAUGGGUGCACUGCUUGCAGAGAAGAUGAAUCAGUAUGCAAGUCUGCUUGCUUCACAGGGCAGCCUAGAAACUGCAAUAUCUUACCUCCCAACCGACACACAACAGGUUGCUGUGCAGGAGUUGCGAGAGCGUCUGAGUAGAGCUCUGGGUCAGCAGCCGGCUGUAACCGCAGUGAAUCCAGCUGUAAUGCAGAAUGUGCAACCAGCGGCUCCUGCUGCUGUACCUGUGCAGACAUAUACACCACACCAACCACAACCUCCACAGACUGCUGCUCCAUCCGGACCCCCUCAGUAUUACCAUCAGGGUAGACCCGCCUCUACAGUCACAUCCUGGAGUAACCAAACAUCAACAGCUCUGCCCAGUGUCCCUCAUCCGCUAGUGCCCGCUGCAGGCCCGCAGACUGAGCCUUUACCUCCAUCUUUUGGUCUUCAGUCUCCAGUGAGUGUACCUGCCUCCAAUCCCUUAAUUUAUUCUCAGCAGUACCAGAAAUUCCCCAACGUUCAGCGGUUCACACCUGCCACUGGGGCACCAGCCAUCUAUCAACCUCAACAAUAUUCCACUUCUACGGCUUCCUCUCUUCCACCUCCACCUUCAUCCUCUGCCACUGCUGUCUGUCCUCCGCAGAUCUUGCCUUCUGCCCCUCGGUCGGCACCGCCUCCUAUGAUUUCUGGGGCUCCUCCCAUACAAGGAGGUCAGCCUUUCUCUCCUCCUCCUCUGUCUUCUGGAGUCUCUUUCCAGCAUGGUGGGCCUGGGUCGCCCACAUCUUAUCUUCCUCCUCUACGGAGAGCUUCAGGUACUGAGACUGAACCUGCCCUGAUUCCAGCCUCCCAGAGAACAGGAGGAUUAAACCAAGAUACGUCCUGGUUGUUGGAUGGACCCCAGAACGGAUGGAAUGAUCCUCCCACCCUCCACAGAGUUCCCAAGAAGAAAAAGAUUCCAGAUAACUACACCCCUCCCGCUCCCAUAACAGCACCUAUUAUGAACCCACUGGGGGAUCCUUCGGCCCCGGUGCCCCCUGCUAUGCAGACACAUCUACCGCAGGUUCCAGAUCAGCCUGCGUCCCCUGCCAACUUCACUCCCAUUCAACAGCAUCCACUGGGCCCCCUAAACAGAAAUCCCAACAUGCCCAAGUUGAACAUGGAGGGUGCACCUGGAGCACCAAUUGGAGAUGUCAUAAAGUCCAUACCUACAGAGAAGAUCACCAAGAAGCCAAUUCCUGAGGAGCACAUAGUUCUUAAAAACACAUUUGAGGGUCUGAUCCACAAGUGCUUGGCUGCAGCUUCAGACCCGCAAACCAAGAGAAAGUUGGAUGAUGCUCACAAGAGGCUUGAGUAUCUAUAUGACAAAUUGAGAGAACAGACACUAUCUCCAGCUAUAUUAGGGGGCCUUCACAAUAUGGCACGCAGCAUUGAGAGCCGCUCCUACACCGAUGGACUCAACAUCCACACGCACAUCGUCAGCAACAGCAACUUUAGUGAAACCUCCGCCUUCAUGCCAGUACUGAAGGUGGUGCUCACACAGGCCAACAAACUGGGGGUUUGAUAUCCACUCAGACACAAUGACAUCCACACAAACCAGUAUUCUCUUAAGCCAUCAGCUGACAAGGACCAGUUGUGCAUAUAUUUUGCCAGUCGAAUAGGUCUUGGAUAUCACAGUGUGUAUCGCAGGUUGUUGUUUUUAUUUGUUUGUCAUAUUUUCCUUGUCAUAGGUAUUUUAAUUAUGUUAUAUAUUAAUUAUCAUGACAUAGCACAGUGCAAUAGGGCCUUUCCUUUUUUAUUUUUUGCUAAAUGAAAUUCAUUUUAUGCUUUAAGUGAAGAAUAGACUGAGCAGCGAGAUAACUGUAUUAAGUGCAACAUGCAUAAAACUUUACUCUGUAAGUCUCAGACAUUUUGCAUUUAAUUUUUUGUGUUUUUCAUGUUUGAUUUAAUGGAUUGAUUGUUUACAAUGAUCAUGCAACCUCAUUAAGUUGUUUUAAAUUAAAUCCAAGUCAUAGCUUUAUAUGAGGUUUAAAAUGACAACAUGGUAACAAGCAAAAUAUUUUUCAAUAAUUGAUAUUUAUUCUAACCUUGGAUUUACUUUAUUUGGUGCUCGUAACACUGAAACUUUGGAGACCUGUUAAAAGUUUGCAUUAUGCUGCCUGUCUUUAUUGAAUGUCACCACUUAAUGUCUGUUAAAUUAGUCUUGAAAAGAUUUGCACCAUCUUUGAUAGUGGGAAUGGAAUCACACUUGUGGUAUUAAGAAAUUAAAUCUGAUGUGCAGAAUUUUAGAGCAAAUUUUGUUUUAAAAAAUAAGAAGAUCGGGCUGCAAAAAAGGGAAUGUGUUGUUUUUGUAAUCAGUAAAAAAUAUGUUUUUAUUUUACCACAUCAUCACAGCCAGCAUUUUCUGCCUAUAAUUCCAUUUUGGCAUUUUCCACUGUUUUACAGUUCAGACUGUUUAAGUAAGAAAAAGCAAUGGCUGGUUAGGCUUUUUAUGGCUAAAUUGUUUUCUUUUAAAACUUAAUAAAUUGGUAAGAACUUUCA